CCUUCCUUUAGGAACACGACGUACAAUCAGUAUUUUUAGUACUGUUUUAAUGUUUGUAUGAUUGAGUUCUCUUCAAAUUUCAUUCCAGGAAGCAGAAAAAAGAGAAGAUCAAUGUGGCGGUUGUUGAGUAGAUUCAGAGGUCCAUCUGGUUACUCAGCUUCCAACACAGCUGAGGAAGUAACACAUGGAAUCGACGCCACUGGACUAACUGCUGUUAUCACUGGUGCGUCAAGUGGAAUUGGUGCCGAGACUGCACGUGUUCUUUCAUUACGUGGAGUUCAUGUAGUCAUGGCAGUCAGGAAUAUGACAGCCGGUAGAGCAGUCAAAGAUGCAAUAGUUAAAGAAAAUCCUAAUGCUAAAGUUGAUGUCAUGGAGUUAGACCUUAGCUCCAUUGCUGCGGUCAGAAAAUUCGCUGCGGAAUUCAAGUCCAAGGAUCUUCCCCUCAACAUUCUUAUUAACAAUGCGGGAGUUGCAAUCUCCUUUACGCUUUCCGAAGACAAAAUAGAGCUAACUUUUGCAACCAAUCAUCUCGGUCAUUUUCUAUUGACGGAGCUUCUGCUGGAAACCAUGAAGAUUACGGCACGUAAAAGUAACAUAGAAGGAAGGGUUGUCAAUGUUUCAUCUGCGUUACACUGGAUAGCGGAAAAAAUUCGUUUCGAUAAAAUUAAUGAGGACACAGGGUCCUAUGUCUUCCAGUUAUACGCACAAUCCAAACUCGCAAAUAUAUUGCACGCUAAUGAGCUUGCAAGACGCCUCAAGGAAGAAGGGGUGCAAAUAACGGCAAAUUCACUUCAUCCAGGAGUUAUUACGACCGGUAUAUAUCAGCAUUGCUAUUUAAGGGUUGUAUUUAAUUCAUUUCUUGGGAAGUUUCUCAAAAAUGUUCAACAGGGGGCAUCAACAACAUGCUACAUCGCAUUACAUCCGAAUCUCAAAGGCAUCACCGGAAAGUAUUUUGUGGACAACAACUUCUCAAAACAGAGCCGAAAUGCUAAAGAUACAGAAGAAGCCAAGAAAUUAUGGGACUUCAGCAUGAAUUUGGUCCGCAAUAAAUGAUAAUGCAUGAUGGUGAUAAUGUAAUAAGCCCCGAGGGGGGUGUACUUGUUGUUAUAACAUCGAUAACAUGCUUUCGACAUCCAUUUCCAAAUGAAUUUUAUCAGUUCAGUUGAAACUUAAACUUAACAUCGGUUUAAGCUUUAUAAACUCCCAUAAAAACCAGAGUUAAUUGUUAGUUUUUUCUUAUGCAUGA